AACACACUAGCAAAGCGCGCCCCAGCAACGGCGUCCUUCCCGCCCAUCCGCGCUCCCGCCUGGCUCCUCCCCCACCACCACAACCACUACUUCAGCUCGCACAUAACACUUUCGCUGCCGGGCGGAGCCGGCUUUCCCUAGUGACGUCUCGCCUCCACGCCAGCCACGAGGGCGUUAAGGGAGCCAAGCUCGUCCCCGCCGGCUCCCGAGUGUAUGCAAAACAGCCGCGGCCGUCCGGCCAAUCGCGGCGGCGCGCCCUUGGUCACGUGGGCGCUGACGCUCCGGCCCUGGGAGCCCCGAGACCCCUCCCCCUCGCUUUAUAAACCAUCAGUGCGAAAGGAAGCGCUCAGUAGAGGGAGACAGAGGCUGCCAGAGAGGGGGAACUAGUGCUGAACUCAUUCAAACUUCUGUCACAUCCACGGGGGUAUAAGCCGGCCAGUGCAGCAGCCCUUCACCCCACAAACGUCACACUGAGCCCUAGGCCAGGCAGGGGGUCCCCACAGGGUAUAAGGGAGCCCGCCACUGUAAAGCACCCCCUGUCUAACCAGCCUCCCCGCAGGGCUGGAGGCCACAAGCUGUCACACAAAGAGGACAUGAGGCUGUGGAGGAGACACGUUGGGUAGUGCCAGGGUGGUGCCCCCUCAUACAUCCUCACCCUGCUGCUCUCCUUGGCCAGGUGAAUGGGACUGCACAUGUAGCAGCACUAUGCCCAUCUUACUUUUCCUGCUAGAUACGUCCGCUUCCAUGAACCAGCGCACCCACCUGGGCACUACCUACCUGGACAUAGCUAAAGGCGCUGUAGAGACUUUCAUGAAGCUUAGAUCCCGGGAUCCUGGCAGCAGAGGAGACAGGUACAUGCUGGUCACUCUGGAGGAGCCUCCUUAUGGGAUCAAGGCUGGAUGGAAGGAAAAUCAUGCUACCUUUAUGAACGAGUUAAAAAAUCUUCAAGCUGUUGGACUCACCACUCUUGGCCAAUCCCUCAGGACAGCCUUUGAUUUGUUAAACUUAAAUAGAUUAGUAACUGGCAUAGACAACUAUGGACAGGGAAGAAAUCCGUUUUUCUUGGAGCCUGCCAUCAUUAUUGCAAUAACGGAUGGGAGUAAACUGACUGCUACCAGUGGCGUGCAGGAAGAACUUCACUUGCCUUUAAACUCACCAUUGCCUGGGAGUGAGCUGACAAAGGAGCCUUUCCGUUGGGAUCAGCGGCUCUUUGCUUUAGUCCUUCGGCUUCCUGGUGCGAUGUCUGUUGAGCAGGACCUGAUGAGUACUGUUCAGCUUGAUGAGUCCUGUAUCACGCCAAUGUGUGAUGUCACAGGAGGUCGUUCAUAUUGUGUUUUCUCACAGCGAAUGUUGAAUCAGUGCCUGGAGUCGUUGGUGCAAAAAGUUCAAAGUGGGGUGGUCAUCAACUUUGAAAAAUCUGGCCCAGAUCCUCCUCUUUCUGAAGAUGGAGUUACUGAUGCCACCAAACCAACAGGAGCCCAGCCCUGGCACAGCUGUCGGAAAUUAAUAUAUGUUAGACCUAAUCCUAAAACGGGUGUCCCUUUAGGUCAUUGGCCGAUACCAGAAUCAUUCUGGCCAGAUCAGAAUUCUCCAAUGCUGCCCCCCAGGAGUGCUCAUCCCAUUGUGAAGUUUUCCUGCACCAACUCUGAGCCAAUGGUCAUAGAAAAGUUGCCAUUUGACAAGUAUGAAUUGGAGCCAUCGCCGCUGACGCAAUAUAUUCUGGAGAGGAAAUCCCCACACACAUGCUGGCCGGUGUUUGUGGCAAACAGUGCGAAGUACAGUGAACUUGGUCAUCCUUUCGGCUACCUGAAAGCCAGCACUUCCCUAAAUUGUGUGAACCUGUUUGUGAUGCCUUAUAACUACCCAGUACUACUUCCUUUAUUAGAUGACUUAUUUAAAGUACACAAGGCUAAACCAUCCCUGAAAUGGAGGCAGCUGUUCGAAAACUACUGGAAGGCGAUGCCACCAUAUUAUAUAGGACCGCUAAAGAAAGCCUUAAGAAUGAUGGCUGCUCCGAACCUAAUCCCAGAACACUUGGAAUAUGGGCUGAGUUACAGCGUCGUCUCCUACCUCAAAAAGCUCAGCCAGCAGGCCAAAAUGGAAUCUGAUCGUGUUAUUGGUUCCAUAGGAAAAAAAUACCCACAAGAAACUGGCAUCAAAGUUAGAAAUGGCGCAAGUGUACCGUCACUGGCUAUCAGGAAGGAUUUUAAACGGCUGCUGCAGGAAAUUACAGGGGAAGUGCCACAGAGUCUACUUGAGCUAAAUUUGAAGGAGUUUGCAGGAUUCCAGAUAGCACUGCUGAAUAAGGAGCUGAAACCUCAGACAUUUAGAAAUGCCUAUGACAUCCCAAGAACUAAUCUCUUGGAUCACUUGACCCGAAUGAGGGUGAAUCUUCUGAAGUCCUCACGCAGGUUUUUUAAGGCACAAGAUGAAGACCAGAUGCACAGUAUACCCAUAGUCCAGAUGGGAAACUACCAGGAGUAUCUGAGGAACAUCCCUUCACCUCUGAGAGAGCUGGACGCUGAUCAGCCCAAGAGAUUGCAUACGUUUGGAAAUCCGUUUAAAUUGGACAAAAAGGGGAUGAUGAUUGAUGAGGCCGAUGAGUUUGUGUCGGGUCACCAGAAUAAGCACAAGCGCCCAGGAGAGCCCAACAUGCUGGGGAUUCCUAAACGGAGGCGAUGUAUGUCACCGUUGCUACGUAGCAGACCUCCAUCGCCUGUCACAAACAAUCACAUAGGAGGGAAAGGUCCCCCAUCUCCUGGAACACAAGCUCUGCCAGACCUGCCAAAAACAGACGGUGUACUUAAGGACCCUGGUUUGAAUAACAUUAUUUUGGCGGAGGAUGCUGUAGAAAAUCACGUUGAGGACCAAAUCUCCACAGACCUGUUCACGGAUAACUUAGAGCAGUUUGAGACUUUGUCCCAGGUUUCCUUGAACUCUCUGGAAAGUGUGGACUCCACAGACGAUGAUGACACUGGUUUUGGUUCUAAUAACUCUGAUCUAUUUAUUGAGAGUCUAAGCGAAUCUAGAGACUUGGGAAACUGCUUUGGAAACGAUGCAGCUGCAUUUACACACAAAAUGAGGCGAUUACGACCAUGCCGGAGCUAUGAGGAGGUAAACACUGAGCUGAGAACCCGGAUCGUGAAGGAGAUCAGGAAGCCUGGAAGGAAGUAUGAAAUGAUCUUUGCUUUAUUAAAAGACGUUCAAGGUGAUCUACAAACGCGGCUUCUGUUCUUGCAGAAUGUUAUUAAAGAAGCAGCGAGAUUUAAAAAGCGAAUGUUAAUAGAACAGUUGGAAGGCUUCUUAGAAGAAAUCCACAAGAGGUCUAACCAGGUCAACCACUUCAGCUGUUAAGUGGCCUCAUGGAGAACCCCUGUCUGGGGGAAGGGGACGACAAAUUUUGUGAACAUACAAGGACACCGGUUGUGGCCAAAGAGUCAAAACAUCUGAACACUGAAGGGAUUGUACACUUAAUACAAUAUAUCUUUUUUUUCUUUUUUUUUUUCCACACUGCAUCAAAUCAUUAUGAUUCCUUUAAUGGAAUAAUGGACAGGUUUCGGUUUCCAGUGGCCACUGACACGGUAUGCUGCUUUUUCUCAGGUUCCACAGUGUACUCUUAGCUCACAUCUUAGUUGAUCACUGGCUAUGAUCGGUGUAUUUGCCAAAAUCGUAAUGUUCCACAGAUGAUUUUCUAUCAUUAGAAGUCGGACCUGUCUGCGUCUGUCGUGCGCGCUUUCAAUGAAGAGACCUUUCUAAAAGCUGUUCUAAGUAUGUAACCCAAACAUAGCCAGACAGAAGCACAUACACUGACCAGGAUGAUAUUUUGUACAUAAUUAUUUUGAAUAUAUUAUUGUAAGUUGUACAGGUGUAUUUUGAAAACUAUUUAAAGAGGCACUUUUGUUAUUCCAUCAAUAAAAAAAAGCUCUAUUUUAA